AUGAAAUUCGUCCAAACUGAACAAUUCAUUGAAGUCCCACAGGGUGUCCAGGUUAACAUCAGAUCGAGAGUCGUCAAGGUCACUGGUCCAAGAGGUAUUCUAGUCAAGAACUUGAAGCACAUCGAUGUUACUUUCACCCAAAUCAGUGAGAAGCAGAUUAAAGUUGCUGUUCACAAUGGUGACAGAAAGCACGUUGCUGCUUUGAGAACCGUCAAGUCUUUGGUCGACAACUUGAUCACCGGUGUUACUAAGGGAUACAAGUACAAGAUGAGAUACGUCUACGCGCAUUUCCCAAUCAACGUCAAUGUUGUUGACAAGGAUGGUAAGAAAUUCAUCGAGAUCAGAAACUUCUUGGGUGACAAGAAGGUCAGGUUGGUUCCAGUCAGAGAAGGUGUUGAUAUCGAAUUUUCCACUACUCAAAAGGAUGAGAUGGUUUUAUCCGGUAACUCGGUCGAAGAUGUUUCUCAAAACGCUGCUGAUGUUCAACAAAUCUGCCGUGUCAGAAACAAAGAUAUCCGUAAGUUUUUGGAUGGUAUCUAUGUCUCUGAAAAGGGUGUCAUCGAGCAAGAAAACUAA